AUGUACAAAGGGAAAAGAAAGUACAUUGAAAUUUGGCAGAAAGUUGAAAUUGCUGAAUUUUACAUUCAACACCAAAAUGAGAUGAGCAUGAGAGAUGUUGCUGCAAAGUUUCAUGUCAACUCCUUUAGCUCGAUUUCCGAAUGGGUGAAUAAGCUUGAUGAGUUGAAGAAAUCAGUAAAAUCUGAUAAAAAAUUAAAAUUAGAAAGCUUCACUCAAUUUCCAGAGCUAGAGAAAGAACUAGUUCAUUGGUUUACUGCAAUCCGUGAGCAAGGUAUUCAGGUUCUCAGAUCAACGAUUGAGGAGAAAGCAAAAAGUUUGGCGGCAGAAAUGGGAUUGGCGCGAUUCGGCUGUGGAGAUAAAUGGUGGCAAGGAUUUAGGACCAGAAAUAAUUUAUCUUUCAGAAAAAUCAAUGCCUCAAGCAUUAAGCCAAUCGAAAAAGAGGCAGAACUUGUCAGGCAAUACCUAGAUGAUUUAGCGUCAUUGCUUCCUCAAUUCGUUCCAUCUAACAUUUACAAUUUCGAUGAAACGAGAUUUGAUUGAGAUGUAAAAAGCAAGUUCACUUAUGAUUUCAAGGGAACUCAACGAAUUCUAGGCGUUCAAUCAGCUAAAAUGAACCAUUUUAUCACUGUUAUGCUUAUGAUUAGAGCUGAUGGAGAAAAAAUGCCUGCUUUGCUCAUUUUUCAAGAGAAAAAUGGCCAGAUCCCGAACCUUGUAAGAGAAAGACUGAAUAUUCCAGAAAAUGUCAUCAUAAAAUCAAAUAAAUCUGGCUACAUUUCUGACCAGAUUCUCAGAACAAUAUUGAGACGAGAAAACCAACUGCUGAUUUAUGAUCAGGCUGGAAGUCAUAAAACUAUCAUGAUUUCUAAUGCAAUUUCAGAUUUAGAUGCAACCAAAAUUGUGAUCCCUGGAGGGUGCACAAAGUAUUUGCAACCACUUGACGCACUGGUAAUUGCAAAUUUCAAAUCAAAAACAACAGAUUUCAGAAUCAAAUUCCAACAGAGCAGAUUGAAAGAAGAUCGAAAAGAACUGGAAACCUCAAAGCUCUUGAUCGCCAGCAACUGAUAA